AUGCACCGUGUGACAACCACGUCCUGCGCGCAUUGGUGUGUCGGUUCCUGGCGCGCAUGCGCAGCUCCUGCUUCCUGUCUUCGCCAGCGCAGGCCCGACGCGAGUAGCAGCAACGUGCGCGAGCGCCUGGCCGAUGUCCGGUUCUUCACCACGCACGGCUGCGACAGCGAGCGGAGCGUCGCGCUCUCCGGGGACGAGCUGGUGCCAAACCCGUCGGGGGCAAACUACAGCAAGCCCAUCGUGCUGAGCGAGGAUGAGGAGGACACCAAGCGGGUGGUGCGCAGCGCCAAGGACAAGCGGUUCGAGGAGCUCACCAACCUGAUCAAGACGAUCCGCAACGCCAUGAAGAUCCGGGACGUGACCAAGUGCCUGGAGGAGUUUGAGCUGCUGGGCAAGGCCUACGGGAAGGCCAAGAGCAUCGUGGACAAGGAGGGCGUCCCCCGCUUUUAUGUGCGCAUCCUGGCCGACCUGGAGCAGUACCUCAACGAGGCUGUGGAGGAUAAGGAGGGCAAGAAGAAGAUGAACAAGAACAACUACAACCGGGACUACGAGAGCCAGAUCGCCAGCUACCCCCAGAACGCCGAGCAGUCGGCCGACGAGGAGGAGAGGAAGAGCGACGACUCGGAAGGAGGCAUGAGCGCAGCCGCCUUCCUGAAGAGAGAGAGGCCCUUUGGGCGAGUCACUGCAGCAAGUUCCUCAGUGAAGAUGGAGGAGGAGGAGGAGGAGGAGGACUCUGACUCCGACGACGAGGACUGGGGCUCGUCCGACUCCGAUACCGAUUCCGAGUCCGACGAGGACGACGGCAAAUACACUUCGCUGGCCUCCAAAUUCCUGAAGAAGGACGAGGACAAGAAGUCGACGGAGAAGAAGCGGGACGAGAAGGCCAAGAAGAAACACGACCGCAAGGCCAAGAAGUACGAGGACGAGGAGGAUGAGGGCGGAGAGUGGGAGAAGGUCAAGGGGGGGGCGCCCCUGGUCAAGGUGAGACCCUGGAUGUUCGCCAAGGGCAACCGAGAAAACACGCGUGCUGGUGCACUGACAGAGCUGAACGAGAUCCUGCAGGCCCGGGGCAAGAAGGGCACGUGCAGGGCAGCCCAGAUCGAGCUGCUGCAGCUGCUGGUGACCAUCGCGGCCGAGAACAACCUGGGCGUCGCCAUGGACCUCAAGAUCAAGUUCAACAUCGUGGCCUCCCUCUACGACUACAACCCCAACCUGGCCACCUACAUGAAGCCGGAGAUGUGGAAGAAGUGCCUGGACAGCAUCGACGAGCUGCUGGACAUGCUCUUCGCCAACCCCAACAUCUUCGUCGGGGAGAACAUCCUGGAGGAGUCGGAGAACCUGUCCAACUUCGAGCAGCCCCUGCGGGUGCGCGGCUGCAUCCUGACGCUGGUGGAGCGCAUGGACGAGGAGUUCACCAAGAUCAUGCAGAACACGGACCCACACUCCCAGGAGUAUGUGGAUCACCUGAAGGACGAGGGCCGGGUGUGCGGGAUCAUCGGGGCGGUGUGCAGAGGUACUGCAGGAGAAGGGCACGACGGAGGAGAAUCUGCUGCGGCAACCUGCGCCUGGUGUCCACUCCUACUACAAGUUCGACUAACAAGGCAGCAAUCAGCGGGAGCAGGGCCCCGCCGGCGACUCCAAGGUACUGACCCCCCCGGGACCCCUGACCCCCCCCGCCACCCAACCCCCAGCAAGGGCCCCGCCCGGCGACUCCAAGGUACUGACCCCCCCCAGCAGGGCCCACGCCGGCGACUCCAAAGGUACGACCCCCCGGGACCCUGUUGGAGCACGACCAAGGUGGAGAACGAGGGGGCGGUUGGGGGGCCCCGUAAUCACCCCGUGUCCCUAGGCCAGUACGGAGCAGGACCGAGGCGGCAGAACAGGGGCGGUGCGGGGUUUUUGGGCCGGGCCGUCUCCACACUCGGAGCAGGACCGGAGGCGGAGAACGAGGGCGAGGACAGUGGCUGCGCUCAUGGGACCGGCUCUGCAGUACAUUUACGCCAAGGACCGCACGAGCCGGGAUCCGCACCUGCGCGCAUCUUGGCACAUCUACGCACCUACGCGCUGCACAGCCGCUGGUUCCAGGCCUCGCGACCUCAUGCUCAAUGUUCCAACCUGCAGGACAACAUCGCAGCACGCCGACCCCCAGUGCAGAUCCUCUACAACCGCACCAUGGUGCAGCUGGGGAUCUGCGCCUUCCGGCAGGGGCUGAUCAAGGAUGCACACAACGCGCUGCUGGACAUCCAGUCGUCGGGCCGCGCUAAGGAGCUGCUGGGGCAGGGGCUGCUGAUGCGCAGCCUGCAGGAGCGCAACCAGGAGCAGGAGAAGGUGGAGAAGCGGCGCCAGGUGCCCUUCCACAUGCACAUCAACCUGGAGCUGCUCGAGUGCGUCUACCUGGUGGCCGCCAUGCUGCUGGAGAUCCCCUACAUGGCCGCCCACGAGUUCGACGCCCGGCGCCGCAUGAUCAGCAAGCAGUUCCACCACCAGCUGCGGGUGGGCGAGCGCCAGCCCCUGUUGGGCCCCCCCGAGUCGAUGCGGGAGCACGUGGUGGCGGCGUCCAAGGCCAUGAAAAUGGGCGACUGGCGAACCUGCCACCGCUUCAUCGUCAACGAGAAGAUGAACGCGAAGGUCUGGGACCUGUUCCCCGAGGCCGACAAAGUGCGAACCAUGCUGGUCCGGUGCGUGGGGCCGGGGCCAGUGUGGUGCCCCCCGGCCCCACAGGCCUCGCUGGACCAGCCCACGCAGACGGUGGUGAUGCACCGCACGGAGCCGACCGCCCUGCAGAACAUGGCCCUGCAGCUGGCCGAGAAACUGGGCAACCUGGUGGAGAACAACGAGCGCGUCUUUGACCACAAGCAGGGCAGCUACGGCGGGUACUUCCGGGACCAGAAGGAUGGCUACCGCAAGAGCGAGGGCGGCUACAUGCGCCGGGGCGGCUACCGCCAGCAGGAGCGACAGGCCAACUACUGAGCGCCCGGACGCCUGGGUCCUCGCGGGGGCAGUGGGGGAGGGGUGACCCGCGCUGUAUUGGAGCCGGAAUAAACAGUGUGAGCAGGA